GUCGUCAUAUAAGAAAGAAUCCCAAACCAGGCGCGUGAAGCACUAAUGCAUGCGGUUCACGUACGCUUCGACGGGAUCGCCCCGUGUGGUGCCGAUAAACAAUUGUGAUGUGGUCAGAGACUAUCGCCGCGACUCGCCCGCGCAACGUGGACGAGGAGGAGGAAGAGUUUUAUAAGCCGGAAUAAUUCCUUUUUUUUUGUAUUCUUACAUAUUCGAGACAGCUGAGGAGCUACGAAGCGAAAGAUCGCGUGCGUCUUUCUUUUGUUUUCGUUUCGCGACGCUGACAGAAGCCGCCGCUGAAGUUUUACGUCGUUUUCGGAAAAAAAAAAAGAAAGACUUGAUCGCCGCCGUCGAGACCAGUGACACCGCGCGGCAGGAAUGGCUCCACCACUUCGAUGGACGUGGCUGGCGUGCCUGGUCCUCGCAGCAGCCACGCCCGUGGUCCACGGAGCCGCCAGACAACCCGUGGAAGGAGACCUCGAGGACGAAGACCUGGCCAAAAUGUACGCCUGCUACGCCAACUACCUCAUCACCGAAAUGUGGAACAAAGUGGUCGUCGCCGACUGGAACUACGCCAACAACAUCACAGACUACAACAAGAAAAAGAGCGUGGAAGCGACCCUGGAGUCUCAACAGUUGGACAUGGACGUCUGGCAGAACAUCACCAAAUACAGGUGGACUAAGUUCGAGGAUCCGGUGACGAGAAGGAUUUUCGAAAAGUUGUCAGUUCUGGGCACUGCCAUUCUGAGCUCGGAGAAGAAGACUGAGCUCGUCAACAUAAUCGCCAACAUGCAAGAAAACCACGCUUCGGGAAAAAUUUGCCCAUAUGUCCGGAAAACUAACACUCCUGAAGAAUGCAACUUGUCCUUAGAACCAGAGAUCAAAAACAUCCUCAUGAACUCCCGAAAUUACAGCGAGCUGCUGCACGUUUGGAACGAAUGGCGGAAGGUUGCGGGCAAGCCCAUGAAGAAAAAUUACCUUCGUUAUGUCGAACUCUUGAACGAGGCGGCCAGAUUGAACGGCUUCCAGGAUGCGAGCGGCAUGUGGCAGGACGUGUACGAGUACGAGGCUCUCGAGAGUAACAUGGCCAGGUUGUGGGAACAACUGCUGCCACUCUACCAGGAGCUGCACGCCUACGUACGUUCCAAGCUGCGCGCCAUCUACGGCCCGGACAAGGUACCCGAAGACGGACCGAUACCGGCACACUUGCUCGGUCACAUUCACUCUCAAGAUUGGAGUGGGAUAACCGAGAUCACCCGUCCAUACCCAAACAAACAGGCCAUUGAUGUCACGAAUGCUAUGAAGGCACGGAACAUGACAGUUCUCGACAUGUUCAAGAUGUCCGAGGAGUUUUUCACAUCCAUGGGCCUGCCGCCAAUGCCUAAAACAUUCUGGGAACGGUCGGUGCUGACAAAGCCGACUGACAGAAAGAUUGUGUGCCACGCUUCGGCUUGGGAUUUCUUCAUUGGCAAGGAUGUAAGGAUCAAGCAAUGCACCCAGGUGCAGAUGGACGAUCUGCUCGUUGUUCACCACGAAAUGGGCCAUGUUGAGUACUUCCUCAAGUACGCCAAGCAGCCGGUCGUAUUCAGGACAGGGGCGAACCCUGGUUUCCAUGAGGCGAUCGGAGAUACAAUCGCUCUUUCCGUGGCCACACCGAAGCACUUGAAAGCAGUUGGCCUGCUGGAAGACAGAAUGGAGGACGAAGAAACGGACAUCAACUACCUGUACAGCAUUGCCAUGGAUAAGGUGUCCGUCAUUCCCUCGGUGUACAUUUAUGACCUCUGGAGGUGGAACGUGUUUAAGGGAAAGUACAAGCCCGAAGACUACAACAAGGCUUGGUGGACACUGCUACUGAAUUACCAAGGAAUCUGCCCCGGUGUCCCACGAGCACCAGAUGAUUUCGACCCACCAUCAAAAUACCACAUAUCUGCCAAUGUACCAUAUAUUAGGUAUUUUGCAAGCAUAGUUCUGCAGUUCCAGUUCUACAAGGCGCUCUGUGAAGAGGCCAACCACACUGGCCCACUUCACAAGUGUGACUUCUACAGGUCGAAAGAAGCAGGAAAACUAUUUGGGGAUGUGAUGGAGCUGGGAUACUCCAAACCAUGGCCAGAAGCUUUGGCCAUGCUAACUAAAAACAGGAUGAGAGAAAUGGAUGCCAGUGCACUUCUGGAGUACUUCGACCCCCUCUAUCAAUGGCUGAAAGAGUACAACAAGGGAACGUAUGUUGGUUGGAAGAGCAAUAAUCCGACUGCCUGCCCAGGGACUACAAGAAUGUGCACUAUCAAAGGAAAACACAAACCAGUGCGUCAACGCCGUGGACGAGUCACCGCAAUGGCCACCCACGGAAGGGCGUCUGCGGUCUUCGGCGGGCUGCUCCUGGCCGCGGCGCUCUCCUUGUGCCACGUGACCGGAGCCGCGAGAGUUCCAGUGGAGGGUACCCUGGAAGACGAGGAACAAGCCAAGGCUUACCUGAAGGACGUCGAAGUGAUGCUCACCGAGUCCUGCCUAGACGUCGCUUACGCACGGUGGAACCACUCGGUCAACCUCACGGAGCACAACAAGAACAGAUCUAUUGAAGCGAGUCUCGAGUUGAGUCGCCUUAACAAAGAAAUAUGGAAGAACGUAACCAAAUUCAAGUGGACCACAUUUAAGGACGAACAAACUCGCACCGUCUUCAAUCGAACGUCUGUGCUGGGCAGCGCGAUACUUCCAGAUGACGAAAAGCGAGAGCUCGUGCAGAUAAUCGCCGAUAUGAGCCAAAAUCAUGCAUCGGCCAAGAUAUGCCCAUUCAAACGCAAUUGCACAUCACCUGAAAAGUGUAACAUACCUCUGGACCCGGUCAUAAAGGACACACUGGAGAACUCCCGCGACUACGACGAGCUGCUGCACGUGUGGAACGAGUGGCGCAAAGUGUCAGGCAAGCCGCUCAAGGAGAAGUUCCUGCGAUACGUCGAGCUCGAGAACAAGGCUGCGAAGCUCAAUGGUUUCGAGGACGCCAGCCAGAUGUGGCAGGAGACUUACGAGUACGAAGGAUUCGAAGAGAGCAUGGCGCGUCUGUGGAAGCAGUUGGAGCCCCUGUACAAGCAACUGCACGCUUACGUCAGGGCGAAACUGAUCGACGUCUACGGAGGCAAGAUAAAAACGGACGGCCCGAUACCCGCACAUCUGCUCGGUCACAUACACUCGCAACAUUGGCACGCCCUGGAGGAUCUCGCAAAGCCUUUCCCCAACAAGGAGGCGGUGAACAUAACAGCCACAAUGAUAAAAAAGAACAUGACUGUCAUCGACAUGUUUAGGCUCGCCGAAGAGUUCUUCACCUCCCUCGGUCUUCCCCCCAUGCCGGAAUCUUUCUGGAAAAAUUCGCUUCUCGUGAAACCGGAUGACCGGGAAGUUGUGUGCCACGCUUCCGCUUGGGACUUCUGCGGCAACGGUGACGUCAGGAUCAAGCAGUGCACGCAAGUAAAGGCUGACGACUUGCGCGUCGUGCACCACGAGAUGGGACACAUCGAGUACGACCUUUUGUACGCACGGCAGCCGAUAUUCUUCCGGACCGGAGCGAAUCCAGGUUUCCACGAGGCGGUGGGAGACACAAUAGCCCUCUCCUUCACCGCUCCGAAGCAUCUGAAUGCCAUCGGUCUGCUGGAAGAAGACAUGGAAGACAGCGAGAGGCAUAUCAACCAGUUGUACAGAGUCGCGCUGGACAAGGUGGCCGCGCUACCCUCCUUGUACAUCUAUGACCUGUGGCGGUGGAAAGUGUUCAAGGGAGAGUACAAGCCCGAGGAGUACAACAAGGGCUGGUGGGACCACCUACUGCAGUACCAAGGCAUCUGUCCCGGAGUAGCAAGGACCGCGGAAGACUUCGAUCCUCCAUCCAAGUUCCACAUUUCUGGAAGCGUACCCUACAUCAGGUACUUCACGGCUGCCGUCAUGCAGUUCCAGUUUUAUAAAGCCCUCUGCGAGGAAGCUGGUCACGUCGGACCGCUGCACACUUGCGAUUUUUAUCGAUCCAAGGAGGCCGAAACAUUCAACGCUACUCAUGCCUGCUCCAUUCGCCCUUCCAGCGACGUGCUUUCCCUGGGCAAGUCCCGGCCGUGGCCCGAGGCGCUACGCAUGCUGACCAAGGGUCGAACGAGUGAGAUGGACGCCGGCCCCAUGCUCGAGUAUUUCCAGCCUCUCUACGAGUGGCUCGAGCAGCAGAACAAGGGACGCACCGUCGGAUGGACGAGCCACAACUCCACAUCGUGCCCCUGCGCGGCGGGAACAUCGUGA